GAGUUUGACCCAGCUGACUUGUCCAAAGCUGAGUUGAAGGAAUUGAAGGACUUGUUAUCCCAGGCCGCCGAGGCUAGAGCCAACAUGGAGGAGGAAGAGAGCGACGAGGAAGCUUUGGACUUUGACAAAUUGGCCAACAGUGACAGCGACAGUGAGCUUGAAGAUGAUGAAGCCGAGGCUGAGGAAGAAAUUCCUGAGGUUGAGGAAGCUGAGACCGAAGAAGAAGAUGUUCCACUUUCCGACGUUGAAGUCGAUUCUGAUGCUGAUAUAGUGCCAUACACCAAGUUAACCAUUAACAACCAGGCAGCACUUAAGGACUCCUUGGCGAGAAUCAGUCUUCCAUGGGCAAAGAACUCCUUCGAGCAGCACAAGACCAUCAACUGUUCGUUCAAGUGUGAGACCCAGAUUAAGGACAUCUAUGACGACACCGAGCGUGAGUUGGUGUUCUACAAGCAGAGUUUGGAAGCUGCUUUGGAAGGCCGCAGACAGUUGCUCAAGUUGAAGGUUCCGUUCUCUAGACCAAUGGACUUCUUUGCCGAGAUGCUCAAGUCUGACGAGCACAUGGAGAAGUUGAAGGGCAAGUUGAUCCAGGAAGCGUCUGCCAAGAAAGCCUCUGAGGAAGCCAAGAGACAGAGGCAGUUGAAGAAGUUUGGUAAGCAGGUCCAGAACGAAACCUUGCAGGCCAGAGCCAAGGACAAGCGUGAGACUUUGGACAAAAUUAAGUCCAUCAAGCGUAAGAGAACUGACAACGAGAUGACCAACAACGAGUUUGAUGUUGCUAUUGAGGAAGCUACCGCGGCAAAGGACGAGUACGCUGACAGGCAGGCCAAGAGGCAGAAGGGUGGCAAGAGAGCCGCAAAGGACAACAAGUUCGGCAACGGUGGCAAGAAGAGAUUCUUGAGAAAGAACGACAAAGAAUCGUCCGCCGACAUGAGUGGCUUCUCCCAGAGAAAGAUGAAGGGCAAAACUGCCAGACCGGGCAAGAGCAAGAGAACCAGAAGA